AUGGUGUGGCAGGUCUAUGGCAAGGAGGAGGCAGAGGCCAUGGAGAAGGAGCUGCUGGAGGAUUAUCGGUUUGGGCGGCAGCAGCUGAUCGAGAUCUGGGGACACGCUUGUGCCAUGGCUGUGACCAAGCAUCCCUGGGUCCAGCACUUGACCCAGCUGGGGAGACCUGGGCUGAGCACCCUCCUGGUGGGGCUGAGCACCCUCCUGGUGGGGCUGAGCACCCUCCUGGUGGGGCUGAGCACCCUCCUGGUGGGGCUGAGCACCCUCCUGGUGGGGCUGAGCACCCUCCUGGUGGGGCUGAGCCAGGCAGAGCAUCCACGGACCCCCAGCUCGGGCAUCUCACACUCAACCAGUGUCCCCAGCACUGUCCCCUUCAGGCACGUCCCUGGGAGCCCCACGGUGCUGGGGCAGGACCAGGACCAGCCAAGGUGGGACGUGGAGGCUGGUGGCAGCGGUGGUGGCAUCAGCCCCGAGGUCCUGGUGUCCCUGUCAGCCCCCAAGCAGUGUGCCCGCCGCUUCCUGGGCCGCCAGCACUUCCUGGCCGGGCGCUUCCUCCCCUACGACCUGCAGAAGAAGUUCGAGCUCAACCCACCCCAGUACCCGGGCACCGAGUGUGUGGUGGCCCUGCCAGCCCCCCGGGAAUAA